ACGACAAACUCAUUCGAGUACAGUCAGUGCACACAACUGAUUUAAAAGAAGUCAGGCAAACGCAAAACAUAGAUAUUUCGGACUGAAAGAAAUUCUUUGGUCUAGAUCUACUACUAUGACUAUGUAUACUGAUUUCGUUCACCACAUGUAUGCAGCCGGCAUCGCUAAACUCAAGAAAUAUUCAGUGAUGGUGCAAUCCGAUGUUACAGACACUUCUUUUCUAAAUCAGAAUAAAUUUAUAGGACGUAUUGUGUAGUUUUAUCGAAAUCAACUAUUGAUGUGUUGAAUGUAAUUGUCACAUUAACGCCUUGACUUUCUUUUUAAGAUGCCGCCUCAGCUAAGGUGUUAAAAAUAUAAAGCUAACUGUUUGCAAUCGAAAUAAUAUAACAAUUAUGUAAUGACUAAGCCCACACGAUGCCUGCCGUGCCAAGGUCAUUCAUUCAUUCAUUUCAUUGCGCUUUCUGUGCUUCAAAGCAUUCGGAUAAACUAUUACCUGUUUUUUAUUCUCAACAUAGGAGACAUUUUGUUUUGUAAGUACAGCAUCGCACGGGCAACGUAUUUUCUAAAAGUUCCUGACAAUGCCAAAAUUGGAACAGGUGUAUCAUUUUAAUAUUUCAUAAGGAUCGCAGUUACAACAGGUACCCAAACAUGCGGCUUUUUAAUUGUGCCCUGUGAGAUAUCAUAGUGCUCGUCGUAACUAUUGUCUUCACGACCUGCACUAAGUUAGCCAGUUAUAUAGUCAGAUGUAAUCCAAAUGGCUCGGCGAGGAUUCUCUGUCUACGGUAAGAUGGAAUUAUAACUUGUAAGAAGAAGUGUACAUUGCAAGGUGUGAAAAAUAUUGGAACCUGGACCAUGCUCCAGACGUAUAUUUUUUGAUAUAGUUUUGUUUGUUUUCAUGUCGAUCAAAACAACGACGUACGUAGAACGCGAAUGAAUUGUGAGUUUUCUAAAGUUCGGCCAAAAUUGGUAAUUCGGGGAUAGAGUUAUAGCAGUGUUCCUCCACUUGAUUUUCUGUAAGUUAGCUCAUGCAUCUACACUAGAUCUGAACCUAUUCGCUUUAGGUCUUCGAAGCUCAACUGGUGUUGUCGACUUUGAUAAUUGAUGGAACAACGCACGCAAUCCAACAUCGUCUGCCAAUGAAACUCAGUAUAGCUUUCCCUGUUGCUUUCCCUUGUUUGUGAGUCUUAGAGUGCCUUUUGAAAAGAUUGGAACAGAUUUACUGCCGAAUAUUGAAACAAGGCCAGCAUUAAAAGCGAUAAACAUCUAUAUAGCAUAUAAAUAUAUUAUUUAUAAGGCCACGAUUAAGCCACAUCAUAGCUGUGUGCUUGUGUGGCACUUCGCAUCUUGAAAAAUUGGUGAACUAUAUUUCUGGGAGUCGAACCACCGGUAGCACAAAAUGCAAAGCUGUAUUCGCACAGGCUUAGUGAUUUUAUUAUCGUGCUUGUUAACGCAGGUACAUGGUGGAUAUGAGUCGGAUGAAGUUUGCAAUAGAGUAAGCAGGGUCGAAAUACGUUACAAAGAAUAUUUUUGGAAUUAUCUGCAUUUCAACGAGUCAUUUCAGAAAAUGGAUGGCGUAUACGCGUCUCUAAUCAAGGAAGCAGUGAACGGAUGUUGCGGGGCUUUGGAUUUGAAAUUCAUAAUGGAAAAUUCAACAAAAGAAGACGUUGAAGGGUUAGCUCUCCACGCGAUGGAGGAAAUUAACAAAACGGCGGUUUCAAAACCGUUCAUUUUCUACUAUCCCGAAUUUGCUGCCAACAAAGAGAAGAUUGUCUACGAUUAUGAACUUAGUUUCGUGAAGCUCUCUCGCUCAGCUGGUCAUGCAGCGGUUAUGUUAAAGCCGAAGUCAAAAACGAAAGUCUCGCUCCUAUACAUUUUAACGGAGUCCUGGCCUAUGCUGCUAACGAUGUUGACUAUGUCCUGGUGUGUCGGGAUUUUGGGCUGGAUAGCUGACCAUUGGAAGAACCCGGAAGAAUUCCCAAGUCCAUUCAUCACAGGAAUGUUUGAAGGAUUUUGGUGGAGUAUCGUUACCAUGACAACAGUGGGGUACGGUGACAAAGCACCAAAGAGCGUGCCAGCCAGGAUCUUGGCUGUUCUCUGGGUUCUGAUGUCUGCAGUCCUUUUAUCGUUGUUCACGGCUAAUGCGACCGCUAUUCUAAAUCAGAGUUUGCAAGAGGAAGAUCACACAGAGACAAUAGGGAAAAAGAUCGGUGUCUUCCAAAGCAAACACUUUGACGAAUUUCAGUUGAAUAUGGGAGCGGAAGUUAUAAACUUCCAAAGUUACUACGAGCUAGACAAGAAUCUUAACAGUGGGAAAAUUGACCGCUUUCUUUUCCCUGAUUUUAAGGAUCUUAUUUAUUUAUUGGAUAAUUAUUUUCCUGCUGUAAAAAAGAAAAUUAAAAUUGCUAAGGUUUUUGAAUUUCCCUUUCAAAUUGGCAUGGUUCUCGCGAUGUUGCCUGAUCAAAUCUCUCCUGAAGAUAAAAGGUUUCUCAGGUGUAUGCGAACGACGAUUUCAAGUUACGAGAAAUGGUUGAAGAACGAAAUGGGUUAUAAUUCAAUCACCCACCCGAAGCCCGCGAAAGUCGACGUUACCACUGGUCUGAAUCAGGAUGACCUCUUCACUCUAACAUAUUACCAUUUGGCUAUAAUAGCAGUGCUUGCGUCUUGUGGUAUCGCCUGGGAUCUCUGGAAGUGCCAUUGGAAACGAAAGACAAGCGAUACAGAAGAUGUGGUUGACAUUGAACCAGGGAAAGAGAACGGAGCUUUGGAAGUUGUUAAUGAAGAAGACAAUGCAACUCCCAGGGUCAAAGAUGAUGCUACAUGGUUUUGAGGAGAUUUAAUUGUACUGAAUAUAAUGAAUUUUUUACAUAACUUUUAAAGGCACGUUAACGUCUAAUUUUGCCGUAAUCAAUUUAUAAGUUUGUUCUGAGGCACACCUUUCUGCAUUCUGGCACACUUCCUUGCCAUAGGUAGCCCAACAAUCAGGUUUUUGAUGAGAUAUUGCAAAUGAGGCUUAUAAACAAAACCUUCCGCCAGUUUCCGUUCCCAUCCAGGCAGUGCAUCAAGGUUUCUACCUAUAUCUUAACCUCGCGCUGCAGUUACUGCAGUUACUGAGUACGUCACGUAUAAAACACUUUAUUUCAUCAAAAACCGGAUUGUCGAUGUGUUGUCGAAUAAUUUUUUUUUAACAUUACAAAAAUAGUUAUCGAGUAUUUGCAUUGAUGAAAGCCCGGGUUAACGGACCGAAAGCUUUGCAGUAUUAAAUACCACAAUGUACCUACAAGCUAAUUCACUUAUAAUUUGAUGUAACCAUGCAAAAUUACAAGAAUAUUAAAAAACGGACUGUUUGGCUGCCUAUGUUAAGAUCUUGUUUCUGUAUU